GAUGAAAAGCAUUGUGAAAACAGAAGAAGAUUCUCCAAAAAAGCCUAUUUGGGAAUCUCUAUUAGAAAGGGUAUUCUAAUCAAUUAAUCUAGGGAUCAUGUAAAAAGUAAGAAAUAAACAGAAAAAUAAAGGAAAAGGAAAUUAAAGAUGAAGAGCUUGAUCCAGAAUGUACUUUUAAACCUUUUUUAAUCAAUUAAAAUUGUAAAAUAUCAUUAUUAUAUUUCAGAACUAUAACUUGAUAAACCUUUUUAUUAGAGACAAUUAAAAUGGUUGGAAGAUAGAAAACAAAAGAUUCAAGAAAGGAUAGAUGGCGCUAAAGAUAAGAGUUUAGAAAAGUGUUCAUUCCAACCACAAUUAGGACCAUCUCCUUAAAUACCUGAAGUAGAUAUCAGAAAUACUAAAGGAAUGGAUUCAUUCAUCUAAAGAUAAGAAAAAGCAAGAAAAUUAAAAUAAGAAAAACAAGUAUUAUUAAAUAAUCCAUAUUCUCAUUUAAGUUCAGAAAAGAAGGCUGUUUUGACAGUAAUAUAUAGCAUUUAUUCUAUAUAGAAUCAAUCAUAUUAUAGUAACAAUCAUCCAAUUUCAAAGGAAUACGAGUCUAUUAAGAAACAAGAAAGAAUUGAAUUUUCAAAAGCUAUAGAGAAUUCAUAAGAAAUUGAAACUUAAUCAUAAACCUAAUAAUAGUAGAAAAUGUAAUUGGGUAUGGCUAUGAAAAUGUUACACAAUCAAUUAUAUAAUAUUCAAUUUAAUAGUGAAUUUUGA